AUGGAGCACAACGGACCUGGCUUGAGGGAUGUGAAGAAAGAGAAGACCUUGCAACCCGGACACCAGGGCUGGGCGGCGAAGUCUGCAUAUCUUGAGGCCAAGUCGAAGAAGCGACAUCUCGCCUAUCUCAAGAUCCUGGCGGUCGAGGAAAAGAAGGAAUAUCCAGAGCAUGAAGACUUUCACGUGGCUCUUCCUUUGGGUGAUCCACAGUGUUCUCCGGUUUGGACCGCCGUGGUCCAGCAGCUAGAGAUUGGCGAGAAAGCCAAGUUCACCCUCUCUCGGAAGGUUUUGGGCUCAGGCAAGGAAGCGCAGUGCUCAAAGACACCCACGUUGCAAAAUACCAGGCUUCGGGUCCUUGAUGUCGAGGAUGUGAAUGAAGACUUUCAGCAGCUCCUAGACAUUGAGAGCAGUGGUGGAAAGGAACGGGCUGAGGACCUGGACAAUGUAGCUGUGCACUGGCGAGUGCGGAGGUGGAUGCCCGAGGGCACCUUUUGCAUUGCCAGCAGUCGGGAACGCAUUGCUAUUCUGCCUGGCUAUGGGCUGGUACCCAUCGAAGAUCAGAAUGCACCACCUGUACAGAUCGCUGUCGGCGAAGGCCAGCAGGAAGCGGUAGAAGUGAUUGCUGCGAAAGUGGGUCCUGGUGGCCAGGGCCAUCUCUACUUGAAGAGCCAGGCCAUGAAGGCAAAUCGACCCGCUGGAUGCGUCAUCAUGGACGUUGAGGUCGUUGCCAUGGAUCCAUGCAGGGGUCCGGGCACUCCAGGCUGGAAGGGGUGGCAAAACCUCAUCAACGAGCGGGAAAUCGGUGACCAGUGGCUAGAUGAAGCUGACGGGCGAAGGAAGCAAUUGGAGACCUUUGGCACCCUGAGAAAGUCGACAGAGGACUCCAAAGGUGCAGAAGCACAUGUGGCAGAACAGGUCCACAAGUUCGCUUACAAUGCUGAACGUCGAUACCGACGCGGCUUGAAGUGGAUUGAGAUGGACAAGAAAGAAGAUCGAAAGAUACAACUAGAGCAAGCGACCUUGAGGAUGCGCUUGGCAAAGGCCAUGUCCUUGGCCCACAUGCGCUUCGGGGAGAACCCGGAGCCAGCACCACCCGCAGAGAAGGCCGCCUUAAAGGAAGGCCGCCAGCUGCUGGCAGAGGUGCUGAAGGUCUCAGAGGCCCUCAACAACGCCUCGGUCAGAUAUGAAUGCAUGAAGAUGAACUUGCAGGUUUGCAUCCAGGACGAAGAUGUCGUGGAGGCCCGAAAAGUCUUGGCGCAGCUCCAGGAGGAGCGGCCCGACGAUGAAGACUUGAAGAGUGACAAUGCUAGGAUCAACCGCUUAGAGAACGACCUGUCGCUGAAGCAAGGUGCUGGCACUGUGGAGGAGCUGCAGAAGGAUUUGCAGCAGGCUGUGACUGCAGGUGACAAGCCCAAGGUUAGCGAGAUCCUUGAAGCAUUGCUAGGGAUGUUCAAGGAGAGCAAAGUCACAUAUGAUGCGGUGAAGACUUGCAAAGUUGGAAAGGAUGUGGGCAACGCGAUGAAGAUGGGCGAUCCUGACAUCGCUGCUUUGGGACGAAAGGCUGUUGGAGAGAUUCAGGCACUGGCACAAAGAGCAGCACUGGGCAUCUGA